CGACGCCGUUUGCGGGAGCCAUUUACUGAAUUUAAUAACCUCACCAAAGCAGGCAGCCGCAGCAGCAGCGGCGGAAUCCAAAGAUGCGCCAUUUUGACUCAUUUUGCUUUCCUCUCCAAUGCCGGAUUUCUCGCUCAACAAUUAUCCAGCUACACGCCUCCCUUGCUCCUAGAGCAACGCCCCUUACAAUGGAUCUUCAACACCAAAUCCAACUGCUAAUGUAGAAUUGCUGUCGAGCAGGACAGAUUUCGGCGCCUUUUGCAGGAACUUAAAUUUUCUAAUUGAAGGUUCAAUUUGAAUACCUAAUACAUGAGCACUAGUUUUCGGGUAACCUAGGGUUUGUUAGCUGAAGUGGGUUGCUGAAGUUGAGAUCCGGUAGGUUUUUGAGCGAUGGAUGAUAAUGACUUGGUGGAUGUGAAUUUGAUGGCUCUCGAUUUGAACCAAGAGCCGACGGAUCCACCGCCGCUGCAAAGGGUUGAAAGGUACGGUUCAUGGUUGAAUGAGCUGGAAAGUGCGAACGAUAGGAUAGAGGAGAGGAUUCGACGGCUGGAGGCCGUCACCGCCCGGGCGAGGCAGCGCCAGCGGUGGCGGGAAGCUAGGAAUUCCAUGGAGAUUAGAGAUGUUGUUGUGCCUGGUGAAUUGAUGGUCGAUUUAGGUGGAAGAAGCGGAAACGAAAGUAGUGUGGAAAGGAUUGGCGAAAGGGGAAAAGGAUGUAAAAGGGACAGUUCACAUUUGGUAGCAAAGGCAUUGCAGUUGGAGGCGGUGAAGAUGCCGGCUAGUAAAGAAGGCGGGAGCUUUUACGACUGUAACAUAUGCCUGGAUGUGGCGAGGCAUCCCAUCUUGACUUGCUGCGGCCACUUGUUUUGUUGGCCGUGCUUCUAUCAGGUGUCGCCUAUAGAUUCAAAUUCGAAAGAAUGUCCAGUUUGUAAAGGGGAGGUUUCGGACAGCACUGUGAUCCCAAUAUAUGGAAAUGGGGAUGGAGAGGCCAUAAACGAGACCGAGACUGGGUUGAAGAUACCCCCGAGGCCCAAAGCUUGUAGGGUUGAGAGUGUGAGGCAACAGCGUGUGGCGCAAGGGUUGUCCCAUGUUCCAGUUGCUGAGGCGCUUAGGAGAAUCAGGAUUAGUAUAGGUGCUAUGGGUAAUCAAGCAUGGCAAGAAGACAGGGGUGGGAUUCCUAAUUUGGGUACUGCUUCGGAAGGGGUAAAUGAAGAAUUAGGUGGGGGGCAUCGGUUAAGAAUCCAUCAGGUUUCGAGAGUGUUGUCUGAAAGUGUUGCGUCGCUUUCGUCGCUUACAUCUGCUUUGAGUAAUGCGGAAAGGCUAGUGGAAGAUCUUGAAACGGUUAUCAACAGCCGGCUGUUGCAGAAUAGCGGGCGGGCUUUACAGGUUGAUUCUAAUCAGGCGCCUCCCGAAUUGACUGGCGCAGUAGUGGGCUCAUCGUCGUCGUCUUCUUCUCAACCGACUGAAAUUCCUGUUGGUGUUGGGAGAACAAGAAGUAACGGUGGAGCUCGGAGAAGAAGCAUAAUGUCGAGGAUUCUGGAAUUUGACAACCGGGAUGCUCGGGAGACUAGGAGAAGAAGAUUGAACUGACUGCUGACUGAUGUGGUUGCCAAAGAAGGUGAAAUAUGUUUGUUGUGUUGUGUUAUGUUUGGGAACUUUUGUGUUUGUGAAGAGGUGAUGUUGUGUUGUGUUUUGUUGUUGGGAGUGUGCUUGUUUGUUUGUUUUGGAUUAUUGUUGUUCUUUCUUGGGGAACACAACACCACAACACAAAUUGAUUGAUGUGUUUGUGUGACUGUCUGAGAAGAUAGAUAUAUAAUCAAACCACCAUUCCUUCAAUUCUAUUCUAAUGUUGGAUU